AUGAGAGACAUACAAAAUAUGCAAAUUGAAUACCGAAACAAGCUGGAGAAGGAGAAGUCACAGAACGGUCUGGUGGUUUUGCGCGCCCUCUACGGAAACCUCCGAAUUCGUUCGUGCUUUCUGGCUCAGCAGCAAAUCGGGGUGGUUGAGGAGCAGCACCUUGAGGGCCCUUACAUCGACGUAACAAUUCCCCUACAGCUGAGCGGCGGAGAUGUGUCUCUCUAUGUAUUAUAUACCUUCAGGUUUGCAUUUGGUUUAUUUUAA